UUAACAUGUCUCAUAAGUUGAAUUGAUAAGAAACCAAGGCUAGAAGAAAAAAUAAUCUUUCACUUGUUCCCACUCUCCGCCUCUUUGAUCCUCCCAAGCAAAGAAUUCAUGGACCAAAUCCAGCACAAGUUUAUCCAAGUGCAAGGACUAAAGCUCCACGUAGCCGAGAUUGGAACAGGUCCGAACGUGGUCGUAUUCCUCCAUGGCUUUCCGGAGAUAUGGUACUCCUGGCGUCACCAGAUGAUCGCUCUAGCCAACGCUGGCUUCCGAGCGAUCGCACCCGAUUACAGAGGCUACGGACUAUCCGACCCGCCUCCCGAACCCGAGAAGGCUUCCUACAGUGACCUUAUCAAUGACCUCCUCGGAAUUCUCGACGCACUCGGUAUUCCCAAGGUUUUCAUUAUCGGGAAAGAUUUUGGAGCUCGACCCGCGUACCUUUUUGCACUUUUGCAUCCUGAAAGGGUCAUUGGGGUUAUAACAAUGGGAGUGCCUUACAUGCCCCCUGGUCGUUCAACAUUCCAAAACCAUCUCCCUGAAGGUUUCUAUAUUUCAAGAUGGCAGGAACCUGGACGAGCAGAGGCUGAUUUUGGUCGCCUUGAUGCCAAAACAGUAGUCCGAAACGUCUACAUUCUCUUCUCCAGAAGUGAGAUUCCCAUUGCUGCAGAAAACCAGGAGAUCAUGGAUUUGGUAGAUCCAUCUACUCCUCUUCCACCUUGGUUCACUGAAGAAGAUCUUUCGGCCUAUGGAGCUUUGUAUGAGAAAUCCGGGUUUCGAACUGCCUUAAAAAUUCCAUACAGGUCAUGGCAUGAAGAGUUUGGGAUAACAGAUCCGAUUGUUAAAGUUCCUGCACUUCUCAUAAUGGGGAGCAAGGACUAUGUGUUCAAAUUUCCGGGGAUAGAAGAUUACAUAACUAGUGGAAAGGUGAAAGAGUUUGUCCCUGAUUUGGAGAUUAUAUUUUUGCCUGAAGGAACCCAUUUUGUUCAGGAGCAAUCACCCCAGGAGGUGAAUCAGCUGAUCCUCAGCUACCUUGGUAAGCACAUUUGACUGUAUCAAGUCUUAUUAUAUGAAAGCUGGAUAUCAAUGAAAAAAUAAUAAUAAUAAUAUAUAAAUGAAAAGGUAAUGUCUUAGGCUGGCUGAGCUUUAUGAUGAAUAUCCUUUGGAAAAUUGAAUGUAUUGUAGAGGAAGACUUUGUUUGGCAAGGUAUGUAUUUAAAGACUGAUGAAAACAUAGAAGAGUUUUAUCAACAGUCCCUAAUUCCUCUCGA